ACGAAACACUAAACCUUGGUUUAAACAAGAGGUAAAGAACUUAGCAGCUGAAAAACGAAAAGCGUACCUGCAAUACCGAUCGAACACAGUUACGUACGAGGUAUAUAAAGCGGUCAGAAACCAGGUCAAUGCAGAAAUCCAGUCAAUUAAACGACAGCAUUGGGAAAAAUUCUUUGCCGAUAUGGAAGGAACACGAUCUAUAUGGAGGACAGAAAAGAAUCUGGAAUAUGCUAAGAAAUAGAAAAAGACCAGUUAACGAAUAUAUCCAAAUUUCAAAGAUCAGUACUGAAGACUGGGAAAAACACUUUGAACAACUCUACCCUAAUAAAGAGGAAAACACGGAGACCAAGGAGACACCCACAAAUGAAGAAACACCACCAACUUGGCAGAUACCGAUAGAGAAAAUCAAACAAACGGCAACCGCUCUAAAAAACAGAAAAUCACCUGGUAUAGACGAGAUAACGAACGAAAUGAUCAAGUAUGGAGGGGAUGCACUCAUGGAUGAAUUAAAAGAUUUUUACAAUAAAAUAUUAUAUCUACAAAAAGUAC